UUCAAAAAUCGAGUAAAAAACAAAAAAUGAGCACAUUUCAAAUCAUUUGUCUCGGCGUAAAUGCCGCUGUUCUCGUAUUUUACGGAAGAAAAUGGCUCAAAAUCCGUUCGUUCUACAAUAAAACAGCAAGUGCAACGUCUGUCGUCACCAUCGAUGGGCAAACCCUUCAAACACUCAUCGGGCAUUAUGUGAUAGUCACCGGCAAAAUAAAAGCUCUUGCGGAAACCCUUCCGUCGAACUAUUCGAGUGCCUUAAAUGGCGUUGUACAUCAAAUCCAGAAGGUAAAACACUCGAUAAUUCGCAUUGCUGGCUUCUGGUUGCGGAAAAGUCAGUCGACAACAGUUGUUUCGGAAAAGGCAACUCUUUUUGCGUUGGUUGAAAAUGCUCCGGUUGACGGAAAUGACGUUCAUGUUAUCAUUCAGAACCCAUUGCAUGCCUUACGUCAAACUGCAUCUGCGGAUCUUUUUACGGGCUACAAUGGCGUUUCAUGGCCCGCUUCGAACAUAAUUCAUGAUAAAUUUAUCGUCAACGAUGAAAGUACGAAUCCAUUCAAGAUCAUGUUAUGCGGCGCUCAUGAAUUGGGAACACAGGAAACGGAAAGUCUUAUACUCGACGGCGGAUAUAUAACAGCUUUGGGAUAUUUGAGACCAAGUCACGAUGGAAAUUAUCGAAUGGCAGCUGAAAUUCUCACGACAUGCGAUAAAAAUUUGUUGCUGAAGAAAAUUGGAGACAUCCGAGCAUCGCUCGUGAUGAAAUUGAUGAUUUUCGGAACACUUUUUGGUAUUUUGGGAUUAAUUGUGUUGCGACGAAAAUAUCGCGAGAACAAAGAUAAUGCAGAAAUGGAUAGAAUUCUGGGAUUUAAGUAGAGAAAAAGUUGAAAUACGAGACAUUUGCAUUUAAUUUCAGUCGAAAAAGUUUAGUUAUUUUGCAGUUCUUUCAAAAUUCCGUUCGGUAAAAAGCCUAAAAGAGCUUUUGCGUGUUCCUUUAAUAGUUUGAUGCGUUCUUCUUCGACUA